AUGGAUAGCUCUGAUACUGUCACCGCCGCCGAGGUUGUCGCGUCACUGAUCAAGAAUGGAGGGUGUGUGGUGCGUGGAAUUCUGAACUUUGAACAGCUGGCUCUCAUUGAGAAAGAUGUUCGACCUUGGAUCGAAAAAGACCGCCCCUGGGUAGGCGAAUUCUUUCCCCCCGAGACUCGUCGCGUUAUGGGCUUGGUCGAAAAAUCGAAGCUUUUCACUGAGCUAAUCCCUGGAAAUCGUCUGUAUCGGGAUGUGUGCGAUAUUCUUCUGACAUCCACCCACAAAAGCUGGCUGGGCCAGAAGCUUGAGACAAGCGUUUCGCACCCACAGCUGAAUAAUACUAUUGUCUUUAGUAUUGGUCCUGGGGCAAGACGCCAAGAACUCCACCGUGACGAUAUGAUGUUUCACAAUGAGUUGACUGAGCUUGCAUCGCACGCAGACUACAAAAUCGGUCGGGAUACUAAUAUUGGGUUCUUUGUGGCGGGCAAAGAGACGACCAGAGCCAAUGGAGCUACAAGAUUCAUUCCCCGAAGCCAUCUGUGGGCGAAAACUACCCCGCCAAACGAAGACCUGGCCUACUAUGCUGAACUCAAACCGGGCGAUGGGUUUCUUAUGCUCGCCAGCUGCUUCCACGGAGGCAGUGCAAACACUACCGUUGAUCAGGAGCGACUUGUCUACUCCUGCUUCAUGACCAAAGGCUUCCUACGACAGGAGGAGAAUCAAUACCUCGCCAAUUCGCUUGAAAGUGUAAAGAGAUAUUCAGUGGACAUGCAGAAGAUGAUUGGAUAUAGUUUAUCGAGCCCCUUUGGAGGAUGGGUUGAUCUCAAAGAUCCCCGCGUGUUACUUCUGGAUCCUGGAGAAGAUAUAGAAGGAGACCUCUUUUAA